GUCCCGAAGAAGAUGAAGGCGUUGAGGUUGGUGAAGUUCAAUGAGAAUUAUCAGCUGCAGAGUGAUGUUCCAGUUCCCAGUCCGGGCCCAGGAGAGUUGCUCGUCCGCGUAGCAGCAGCAGGAUUCUGCCACACCGACUACCAAGUUUACGAGGGCGCGUAUGGGACCGAACUGCCCUUUACCGGCUCGCAUGAGCCAGCAGGGACUGUUGCGGCUCUAGGCCCUGAGGUGCCGGCAGACUGGAAAGUGGGCGACCGUGUGGGCGUUUUGAAUUUCAGAAAGCCAUGUGGCAGCUGUAAGGGAUGCGAGUGGCGAUCGGUCACUGUUGGUUCCCUGGAUGCUCGCUACUGCGAGAACAAGACUAUGAAUGGGAUCGUCAAGUCAGAUGGAGGCUUCGCGGAGUAUAUGAUUACCUCGCAUUAUGCCCUGGUUCAUCUGCCAGAUAAUCUUUCCUUUGAGCAGGCCGCCCCAUUGAUGUGCGCCGGUGCAACAGUAUGGAAUGCAAUCAAACAGACUAACCUCAAGAAAGGUCAGACGAUAGCAAUCGUGGGAAUUGGCGGCCUUGGCGUGUUGGGCAUUCAGUUUGCCAAGGCACUGGGCUAUCGGGUUGCUGCCAUCGACAAGUCCGAAGUCGGUCUCAAAUUGGCUACAGAAGUGCCUACAGCCCUAAGGCCUGAUAUUGUCGUCAGCUUCAACGACCCGCAGGCAUCUCAAAAGAUUUUGGAUUUCGCAGACGACAUCGGCCUCGCUGCUGCCGUCGUGUGUACGGAUGAUGUACCAGCUAGCGACUGGACAUUACAUCGUCUCCAGCCAAGAGGAACAUGCGUGGUCCUUGGCCUUCCGGAGAAGGGUUUCACAUUUGAUGCAUUCAACCUUGUCUUCAGAGAAAUCGUGGUCAAGGGCUCGCUGCAUUCUGGCAUUGACGAAGUCGCCAAGAUGCUUGAAGCAGUUGCUGAGCAUAAUAUCGUCAGUCAUCUUACUCUUUUGCCCCUUGAGCAAGGGGAGAGUAUUCCAGAAAAGAUGGCUGCCCGGGCAUUCACAGGGAAGCUUGUUGUUACUAUAUAGAGGUUGAUUCGGGAAGAAUAAAAGAAGUUCAAGGCGGCAAAUUAUAUGCGGAUGCACUUUAUGUAAAGG